GGUUUGUCACUAAUGCCUCCUGCGCCAUUGGUAUUCUAAAUGAAGCGCACUUAUCAAUACUACGCAUGCGCAGUAUGACUGUUAAAAUAUGCUGACGUUGCAGAAUUCAAAUUUUGCCGCGCGACGAUCGACGUUCGCGUUUGUUUUGUCUGUGGUGUGGACUGAUCUCUCUUUUCUCUUGCGAGGACGCGAAAACAUGGCUGCCAACACUUCAAUUGUGGCUCUCUUCGACGACAUUGUGGCCUCGACCAACAUUCUAACUGCCGGGAGCGAGGGAAUGUUUGCCCAAUUUGUAAGCAGUCAGAUGGGUGUGAACAGGCAGCUACACGAGAUGGCCGGGGAGAAUGUCAGAUUCAAGAACCAAAAUGCUGCGACGGAGAUAAAGUUGAAGCAUGCUCAUCUGAAGCUGAAGGACGAGAUGAACAAGAGGGUAGAGCAGGAGGAAGUCAUGCAUCACUAUGCGAAGCAGUUCACGAUAAUCCAGGAGGUUCUGGGAGACACGAAGCUGAAUGAACUCAGCGAGCAGGAGAGAAGGAGUCUGGCCUUCCUCAAGGAGGCCACCAGAAGAUCCACUGGAGGAACACCACUUAGGAACAUCAGUGCAGUUGACUCAAGUGUGACGCUCUCCCCCUCUGAGGUGGACCCUGACAUAGCUGAUGUGGAUGUGUCAGUACUCCGCAGUGGAGCUAAGUGGGUUCGGACUCUCAAUCAGAGCACUGAGAGCAGGAAGAGAAGCAGUGAUGGAGAGGGAGAUGAGCCGGCGCAGGCCACCAAGAGGUUCCGUUCGUCUCUCUCCCCGGCCUCAGAGGUGGAGAGAGUCCCCAGAUUGGACCGGGAGUUCCGCAGACCUCCCCCUCCUCACCAGCACAAGAGGAGGAAACCAUCUCGUGGCCAUCUGACGGCCAUGGACACUGCCUCCAUCUACUCUGGAAAUGUGUUGAGACCUCCUGUGGUGGUGCACUCCACUUCUCCCUCUCCCUCCCCCCUCCCCUCCCCCUCUCCCUCUCCUCCUCCCAUCCCUCUCCGCUCCCUCCCUCCUCCCCCUCCCUCCGAGUCAGAGGUGGACAGUGAUGCACCGAUCCCCUCUGCCCCUCCUCUCUCUCCUCACAUAUACCCCAGUCUUCCCUCAAAAUCAUCCUCUGAUACCACUCCAAAGAAGGAAGGAUCAGGGAUCGUCAGUGAGGUGGAGCCCAGUGCCCCGUCCAGACCCUCUCCCUCCCCCACCGUCUGUUCUCAGACCAGUCAGCACACCACCGGCCAGGCCCACAUGCAGAGGAACCACACAUUCUUCACCAAGACACUGAUGAGGAUUGAGACAUGUCAAGUGUGCAACAAGAAGAUAAGGUUCGGUCGCAACUGCCUCAAGUGCAGAGACUGUCGCUCCCUCUGUCAUCCUGAGUGUAAGGAGAAGGUCCCUCUCCCGUGUGUUCCAUCAGUACCCACUCCCAAGAAGAUGCAGGAUGCAGGCCUGGCGUCGUUCUGUCCCAGCACCAUCCCCAGAGUCCCGGCCAUCCUGGUCCACUGUGUCACUGAGAUAGAGAGACGAGGGCUCACUGACGUCGGCAUCUACAGGGUCCCUGGAUCAGAGAAAGUGAAGAAGGAGCUGAAGGAACGAUUGCUCAAAGUCAGAGGACAAGCUGCUCUGGACAAAGUGAGUGAUGUGAAUGUGAUAUGUGGAGUGGUGAAGGAUUUCCUGACUCAUCUCCGGGAGCCUGUCCUCACCUUCAGACUGCACAACACCUUCAUGGCUGCCAUCGAUGCUGGUUCAGGUGAGGAUGUGUUGGCUGGUCUACUGGAAGCCAUAGCAGAGCUACCUCCGUGCAACAAAGACACUCUCGCAUACCUUAUCCUCCACAUUCAAAAAGUGGCGUCGUUCUCAGAGGCCAACAAGAUGCCUCUGGAGAGUCUGGCCAAGAUCUUCGGUCCCACUCUAGUCGGCCACGCCUCUGCAAAACCUGACCCUUCAGUCCAGUGGAAGGAUGCGGAGAAACAACCAAAGGUGGUGCAGCGGCUGUUGAACAUCACCCCAGACUACUGGAGGCAGUACCUGUCUCCCAUGGAGAACCCUGAGCCCAUAUCGUCUCCCAAGCUCGGCUCGGCUCAGACCUCUCCUGCUCCUGCCUUCACCUCUCCCGCCACUCCCGAACAGAGACCUGUUCCAGAGAGUCCGUUCCUUGGGGUCCUGCCACCAGUCUCCACGCUCUCGCAGAGCUGCUGCCAGUCGGUGAGUCCCCUAUAAUUAUAGCGAGGGCCCUGUGUAGAGCUGUGCGUAGGCUAUUUGAGAGCGAAACUCCUCAUAACUCUGAGUUACUGUACCUGCCCAAGGUUGUGGGUAGGAUAUUUUGGUCUGGAACUUUCACGUUUUUCUGUAGACAAAACCAUACAACUUAUGAAAAGGAUAGAGUGUCGCUGGAAUACACGGAUGGUGUUGCCAAUUUCAUCUUUUUUGUUUCUAAGUGCAUUUGGGGAAAUCUUCUCUUUGCAUUUCGCAAUAGCAUCUGCUAGUUACACACAAGUUAAAGUUAUACGGUUCAUAGAAAUGCUGCAUCAGCUCCCUUUCAUUAAUGCAUACUGUAGCGUACUAAUCCGGUGAAAUGUCCUUCAUGUCUCUGAGAAAGGCCUAAAUGGGAUAAUUAUAAAUUGUAUGCUUCACUUGGUCGCUAUGUUACUUUAUGCAGUGGUGGAACAACUCCUGGCUUCUCCCAGAGAAGAAAUGGCAACUUUUUCCCAUCUCUCAACUAAGACUAUAAUACCUCUACACAAACUGAAGACUUAUCUUAUAUAUACAUGGCACCCUUGUAAUAUUUUAUCCUCCAUCUUUUGUCACAUUGUUUUGCAUUUACUCACUAUUGUUUA